AUGCUGCUGGAUUUUCUGCAAGACUUUAGACAUGCACUGCAUUACGGAGGCGAUCACGGAGCAAGUAGGUGUGGAUUCAACCCGAAAACGUACGAGACUUUUUUUUUACACCACGCAGCUAUCAAACCCAACAUGACCAUCCUUGAGGACAGUGAUGUGCACACCCUCGGCCCCGAGCUUCCAGCCAUGUUUGAUGGCAUGAAGCUGGCAGCAGUGGCUGCUGUCCUCUACAUCAUUGUCCGAUGUCUGAACCUGAAGAGCCCGGCGGCCCCCCCGGAGAUCACCCACCAGGACACACCGCUCAGUAGCUACCUGCUCAAGUCCUGCCCAAUGCUGACCAAAGAAUACGUUCCUCCUUUGCUCUGGGGGAAAAGUGGUCAUUUCCAGACGGCGCUGUACGGCAAACUGGGACGUAUCAACACUCCAACACCUUAUGGGGUUCGCAAGUUCCUCCCAAUGCAAGAUGGAGCCACAGCAACCUUUGACCUUUUUGAAGCUCUAGGAGACCACAGCACAGGAGAUGACAUAACCAUGGCAAUCUGCCCUGGGAUUGGUAACCAUAGCGAGAAGAACUACAUUCGGACCUUUGUGGAUUACUCCCAGCGGCAGGGUUACCGCUGCGCAGUCCUCAACCACCUGGGAGCUCUGCCUAACAUGGAGCUCACCUCCCCACGCAUGUUCACCUGCGGCUGUACCUGGGAGUUUGGGGCCAUGGUGGGCUACAUCAAGCGCACCUUUCCACAAACACUACUGGUGGUUGUGGGUUUCAGUCUUGGAGGAAACAUUGUCUGCAAGUUUCUAGGAGAAAAUCGUUCCAAUCAAGACCAAGUUCUGUGCUGUGUCAGCGUCUGUCAGGGAUAUAGUGCCCUCAGGGCCCAGGAAACAUUCCUUCAGUGGGACCACUGUCGGAGGCUUUACAACUUUGUUUUGGCUGACAAUAUGAAGAAACUCGUCCUUUCACACAGGGGCAGUUUGUUGGGCAUGACCUCCAGCAACAUAGGCGAUGCAGAUCUGAAUAGACUGUAUGCAGCCACGUCUCUGAUGCAGAUUGAUGACAGCAUAAUGAGAAAAUUCCACGGCCACGGUUCCUUGAGGGAGUACUAUGAGAAGGAAAGCUGUGUGCACUACAUACACAAAGUGACGGUUCCCCUCCUCUUGGUGAACUCCUCAGAUGACCCACUUGUCCAUCAGUCACUUCUGGCAAUUCCACGCACACUUGCAGAGAAGAUGCCCAAUGUCAUAUUUGCCCUCACCCACCACGGAGGCCACAUGGGCUUCUUCGAAGGAGCUGUUAUAUUCCCACAACCCCUCACCUGGAUGGACAAGGUCAUAGUGGAGUACACCGACGCCAUGUGCCUCUGGGAGAAGAAACACUCAGUUUGUAAGAGCGGCAAGCACCAGGAUGUGGACUCCUGCUGGCAAAGUACCAGGGUAACACUCAGUGGUUAGAACAUGUGUCCUGUUACAAAGACAAACAAGCACAAGCCCACACCCAGCCCUGCUAAUAUAGUCUACUUCAACACUGAUGGCUUUACAGUCAAUAAUUUGGAAAAAAGAAGGACAAAAUAGAGAAGGCUGCUUCAGAGGAAGUCAGCUAACCAUCUUGGAAACUAUAUCUGCAAGUGUAAUGUGGCCCCUGUUACGAACGGUUACGGCCUAUCUCUUGUUUCCACUUAACCUCCAGUGUAACAGUCGUUUACCUUCUGGCAGCUGCUAUGAUUGAGCUGCAAAAUAACAUAGCUGGCUGACAGAACUUAACCCGCUACUGUGACGUUUACAUAUGAUUAUGUAACAAGGUUUACCUGCAGUUUGGUUGUUAGUUGAAAUUGAAGUUGAAAUCUUGUGGAAGUGCCUUACUAAUUAUUUUGAAAAUUCUAAAAGAAAAUAAUCAAAACAAUUUGUCAUUUGAAGAUUUUUGUUUAAAGAGGUUUAGAAUUGUAAAAUAUAUUCAAGUGUUUUAUCCAAAUCCGGAAAGCUUUGUUGUCCAGGCGUUGCACUGCUAUGUGGUAGAUCCAUCGAUUACUCCUCAUUAAGUUAAAACAUCUGAAAAUAUAAUCGAUUGUAAUUAAAGAAAUCACAUUUUCAUUCUACCCACACUCACUUCUUGGUAAAAGUUCAAAUGAAAAAAUGUGUUUGCACAGCCAAAUGUGAAAAGUGAAAGUUCUGAUAAUUGAUGUGUUUUCUUUUUUAUUUGUAUGUCAUGCCACUGAUUACAUAUCACAGAAUUUGGAUUUUGGUUUUCCACCUCCAUCAAUUUGGUGAAAUGUCCCUAUGCUUUACUUACGGUGCAUUUUUUAAUGAUCAACUUUUAAAUACAAUCUUCAUCUGCCUGGGUUAGCUCAAAUUCCACCGCUGUGUCUGUAUGUGCAAUAUGUUCUGAUUAUUUGGCUGCUUAGUUUGCACUUUAAUUCAUUUGAUCCCUUUUAUGCAUAUCAUCAUUUUUUGUUAACAUUUUGAUUUGAUUAUGCUGUUAUGAUAAUGGUAUUAUAAUUGUGUUGUUCUCUGUUGUGGUGAACAACUGAGAGCUAGGUUUACCCCAUUAAAAAAACCCUUUCAUCAACACCGUGUGUGUAUUUACAGCAUUCUAAUUUUCUCUCUUGUAAAUUUGUUGAUUAAUAAAAAAGACAAAAACUUGC